AGAUACAAGUUUCUGUGUUGUGUGUGAAACUUUCUCCGCCUCAUUAGUGGAGCCUCAUUCUAUGAGCAAGGAUGAGAUCCAAAAGUGCCACAAGCAGUGCAGGCAGUAAAGGAAAAGGGAAAGGAAAAAAGAUUCAGUCACCCGUCCAUGAGAAAAAGCCUGGUCACCCUGAUGAUAUAUUCCCCGUGGUCCUGACGUCAGCCACCCAGAAGCUCUUUGGUUGCCGUUCCGACGUGGACGUCACAGGCGAGAGCCCUUACAAGCUGCUGAAAAAGGACGACAUAAUCAAUGACUUCAAGACGAGAGCCGCGGUGUCCGAUUUCAGCCCCGCGAAGCAGAUGGUGCUGGACUACCCAGACGACGAGCUCCUGCUGGUUUUUGACACAGACUUCAUUUAUGGCCAGAGCUUCUACCUGGUUCUCACACCCGAAGCAAAGGAAAGGAUCUUAAACGUUGCUGGGUCUCCAGAGCCUGAGACACCCGAAGUGUUUGAGGAUGAAGUCAUUAAAACCCCUGAACCAAAGCCAUGGAUAUGUCUUGGCAGUGAGCAGGAAAUGGAGGAAGAGUCUGUCAGGGAAACCGGAGAAAACCUGCACUUCACUUACAAGCUCUCAGAAGCGAGGAGGAAGUUUGGGCCACCAGCUGUUUUUUCGGACAGCAAGACAACCGUCACAGGGUGUCCAUCCUGUCCAGACAGCAGAUUCAGCAUCAGGCCGAUGGAGAGGGACUUUGGGGCCCAGGCGGUUCCCAGACUGAAAAGCAGCAGUACUCAGACGAAGAGGAAGUUGACGAGCACUGUUCCUACUCAGUACACGCCAAGAGAGCUCAGUGAUGAGGAAAAAGAGGAAAUCCUCCGGUCUGAGAGGGUGCAGAUUUUUUUUCAAAAGGUGACUUCAAGUAUGUUGAAAGCCCUUCAGCAGGAAACUAUCAUGAAUGUGUUUGUUGAUCAGUGGAAGGCCCUGGGGGCGGCAUCUGAAGACGAGCACCGUUCUCCGGAGUUUCCCAAACAUUUGUUGCUUUUUAAGGUCUUCUCAGACCAGAACUACGCCAAGGGCAAGAAAAUCAGCACCUUAAACUGGCACCCUACAUUCCACGGUGUGAUAGCUGUGGCCUUGACCCAAAAAAGGACAGAGGAUUCCCCAAUGUUUGACUCAGAAGAUUCUUUCAUUGUCUUUUAUAGCUUCUCAGACUCCUCUCACGCCCAGUUGCUGCUGGAGUGCCCAGGUGACAUUUUUGCCUUUGAGUUUUGCCCUUCUGAUCCAAAUAUCAUCGUUGGCGGCUGCAGGAAUGGCCAGGUUGUGUUGUGGGACAUGUCUGCUCACUCCAUGCACUUGAAGGGAACACAACCUGGUGAAAAAGUUCCUUUUAAUAAUGACACAUUGGACAUCGACGAGCACAAAGAGAAAAAGACUCCUGUUGUGCGCUACUGUGCAGCGUCUCCCAUAGAGAACAGCCACAAAGCACCAAUCACCGACGUCCAGUGGCUGCCGCCAACAUUCGAGGUGACCAACACAGGCUUACCCGUGGAGAACAAGUACAACAUUUCUACACAGAUUGUCUCCUGCUCCCCUGACUGUUCUAUAAAGUUCUGGGAUGUGCGAGUGUCAAACCCGAGCCGGGAUCAGAAGACACACCACACUUUUCUCGACACGUUCAAACACCUGGACACAUGGAGGCCCUUUUACACGGUUUCCCUGCCAAUGAUUGGCACCACUGGAGAAUAUGCUCCUCUGAAAUUCUGCCUGGAACCUUACAUCUGUGUAGCCAACAACACAGCCGGUGCCGCGGAGGCAGAUAAUGAAAAUGCUGAAGACUCCGAGGUCGUCCCGGACUACAGGCAGCUCAGAGUGCCCUCAGCUGAAGGACUCGCUCCUCUGGAGGAUGUCAAUACCAAACUCUUCAUUGGAACAGAGUCAGGGGAGAUUAUUUACAGUGACUGGAAACAAGUGAAUGACGACUCUGGAAUGCUGCAAAGUGCCAUGCCCCUUGCCUGUUUUAGUACCCACUACUGGCUGGUGAAUACGGUCCAGAGGUCACCCUUCUUCAAAGACAUCAUUUUAACAACAGGAAACUGGAACUUUGCCAUCUGGAAGGAGGGAGUCACGGACGGCCCCAUCAUCGUGUCACCAAACUCUGAGCAGUGGUGCACUGUGGGAUGCUGGUCCCGUACCCGGCCAGCGAUUCUCUUCAUUGGGAAAGAGGAUGGCAGCAUUGAGGUCUGGAACCUGCUGGAAAAGAUGACUGAACCUGUGCGUAUCUACCCACAAGUCACCAACGCCAGAAUUUCCUGCAUCAGGCCCUGGACAUCCUCCAAGCAGAACUUCCUGGCUGUGACUGAUGAACUCGGAAUGCUCCUUGUGUUCGAAAUGCCAAAGACCCUCUGUGUCCCAUCCCGGAAUGAGAGUUCUGCUCUGGAGGAAUACUUUGCAGUGGAGGAAGACAGGCUGAAGGAUCGUUUGAGGAGAAAGGAACAGCGGGCAAAAGAGCCAAAGAGAACGGACUGCGAGAAGCCCUUAAAGCCCCCCGUCGAUGAAGAACAGGAGUACAAAGACUACCUGAAGCUGGAGGAACAAAUCCUCAAGGGCCUGGGCCUGGCGUCAGCUACAGCUACACACAACACGCCUGAAUCUCACACACACACACACACACACACAAACCUCUAAAUAGUCCAUUUUUAAGUUAGCUGUUUCCUUGUCCUACUUAUUUAUACAUUUGAUAACCUUAACGUUUUUUUAAUUAAGAAAAUUACUGUUUUAUUAAUUUAUUAUUAUGUUAUUUGGAAUUUGUUGUUCCUUGCUACAGUGUUCAUAACUUUUAUCUUAAUGUCUGAACAUGUUAUAUUACUUCUUUACAUUGACAAAGUGUUAUGUUAUAGUUAUUGUGUUUUUCAGGUACUGUUCUGAUAAAUGAGAAGCCCCUGCAGCUAACACAAAUGUUUGGUGUCGUUAAUUCAAGUUUGAUUCUUAUUUUUCUGACGUUUGUCACAACGUUUCUGACAGUGCCGUUUCUCUUUCUACGUGUUGCAGCUCACCUCUCCAUCUUUCUCAUCUCCAUCCGUGUCCCUACUAAAUGGCGUCACACUAGGCAGGUCAAGUGCAGCCCAGAGGACCCACAGAAACAGAAACUGGCAGGAAAAAGAGAGGCUGCAGGGACAGAGGAAGGGGGGGUACGUAUAGGGCAGCGGUCCUUUGCCAGGUUU